AUGGAGAGAGAAUGGAAGCCUAGCGGGGAGAUAUCACCAAAUUGUCCAAGGUGUGGUUCUUCCAAUACCAAAUUCUGUUAUUACAACAAUUACAGCUUAACACAACCAAGGUACUUUUGCAAAGGCUGUCGAAGAUAUUGGACCAAAGGAGGUUCCCUUCGCAACGUGCCGAUCGGAGGCGGCUGCCGCAAAAACAGAAGAGGUAAGUCCUUAUUAAGGCUGCCGACUGAUGGUGCGCUCUGCAACAAGAGUUUGUCAAGUGACAGUUGUGAUAAUAAAGUGAACGCCUUAUCCGACUCCAAUACCUCCUCCUCAAUGUCUGACGGUUCUCAUAUCGAUUUGGCACUCCUUUUUGCCAACUUUCUGAACAAUCAACAACCAGAAAACAAGUCCAGUUUCGAAGUUCCAGAGUUGCUGACGGAGUUCGAUCCAUCUCGGGAGUUUCCAAGCUUAUCGAACACGAACAUGGAAUCAAGUCUUCAGCUACCGAAAGAAAACGGUGUCACUGGAUGCCUCACUCACUCCGACUUCUCCACAGACUAUCACUUGAGCAACAAUGACCAAAUAUACCAUUCUGGAUUAGAUUAUCUAGAUAGAGUUCAACAAUGUACAGGCGAUGAAACAAGUAACUAUGCAUUGCCACCAUUGCCAGAUGAUGAUUUAUCUUCCCAAGAGAUACUGUGGCCGAAUUCUCAUUCCUCCAUCACUCAUGCCUUGCACUUGCAGGCAACUCAAGAGCCACUUCUAGGACCUGAAACUCAAGAUCCGAAUCUACUGUUUGGUAAUUGGAGUCCAUUUGAUUUGUCUAGUGAUGAUACUUUCAGUACCAGGACUUGA